AUGCGCGUCGAGAAACGGGAGAAACGCGUAAAAUGGGCGCCUGUAUUCGCUGCCGAUUCCAGCGUUCUCGGAGCAGACAUUGGUCACGGCGGCUCUCUCGGACUCACUGAGCGAUGGCAAGGUUUUGCAAUACGGGAUGUUACUGAAUGGUCUAGUGAAGCGCCACGCACUAUUCACAUUACUCUUGGAAUUUGCCCUACGCCUCUCGCCCUCCAAGUGAGAAAAUUCAAACCUAGUCCUGGAGACAUCACGUUCCGGUCCUGGCGAGAUGGAAACGUGGAAAAACGAGUAGAGUUGGCACCAUACGCACUGGUCAACGUUCGCCAGACAGCCUUGAAAUUCCACGAAUAUCUCAACUUGAAUACCAUGAAAACUCUAGAAAUGGCUAUUCGAGACACGAAUCACGACGAUCUCGUCCUCGAAACUCUUCAGUGGGCGAAACGACAGUGCCAAAAUCUAAAGCCGGAUGAGUGGCAAUUCUUGGUGGACGCCCUCCGGCUUUGGGUAGCUAUCAGACUUCUCGCGCCGCAGAAGGGCUACUCGCUGCCUCAAUUUGUAGAGGAGCUUCAAUUCGGCGCAAACGUUCUCCUCGCGUACUGGCACUACUACCGCACCGAUGAAGAUCCCCUUGAAGUCGACUGUCUGGACCGGCACCGGUCCCGGCUGAUGGAUCUGACUGCUGAGCAGUUCACUUUUAUCCAAAAGAGUUGCAAGAAGUUGCGGGAGACAAGAGAGUUGUUUAGGGAUAUGACCAACUGGGACGAUCCGCUCUAUUGGGUAUGUCGAAUGUUUGAUCAAAAGUGGGAGGGGCUGCGGUUCGCAAAGCUCGACGUCCUUAUACAAUAG